CCCCGCCGUCCCCUGUCACAUGACCACGCUCGGGCAGCAUGGCGGUGGCCGCGGAGCCGCGCUGGGGCUGAGCGACUGCGGGUGUGGUGGGCUCCCAGGCGGGGUGGGAUCGUCGGUGGGACCGGAGCGCGCGGGCGGGCGCGGCCCCCGGGGACCAUGGCCGGGGCCGACACCGCGCCCUUCCUCAGCCAGGCGGAUGACACGGACGACGGGCCGGGGCCCGGCGCCCCCGGGGUGCCGGGGUGCCCGGGGACCCCGAAGCCCGAGGGCCCGGAGAUCCCGGACCGCGAGGGGCUGCAGCGCAUCACGGGCGUGUCUGCGGGCCACUCGGCUCUCAUCGUGGCGGUGUUGUGCUACAUCAACCUCCUCAACUACAUGGACCGCUUCACCGUGGCGGGUGUCCUUCCCGACAUCGAGCACUUCUUUAACAUCGGGGACAGUAGCUCCGGCCUCAUCCAGACCGUGUUCAUCUCCAGUUACAUGGUGUUGGCGCCCGUGUUCGGCUACCUGGGCGACAGGUACAAUCGGAAGUACCUCAUGUGUGGGGGCAUUGCCUUCUGGUCCCUGGUGACCCUGGGGUCAUCCUUCAUCCCUAGAGAGCGGUUCUGGCUGUUGCUCGUGACCCGGGGCCUGGUGGGGGUCGGGGAGGCCAGUUACUCCACCAUCGCGCCCACCCUCAUCGCCGACCUCUUCGUGGCUGACCAGCGGAGCCGGAUGCUCAGCGUCUUCUACUUUGCUAUCCCGGUGGGCAGUGGCCUGGGGUACAUUGCUGGAUCCAAAGUGAAGGAUUUGGCUGGCGACUGGCACUGGGCCCUGAGGGUGACCCCAGGGCUGGGCGUGGUGGCGGUUCUGUUGCUGUUCCUGGUGGUCCGGGAGCCGCCCCGGGGGGCUGUGGAGCGUCACUCGGACUCCCCUCCCCUGACCCCCACCUCUUGGUGGGCAGAUCUCAGGGCUCUGUCAAGAAACCCCAGUUUCAUCCUCUCCUCCCUCGGCUUCACUGCCGUGGCCUUCGUCACAGGCUCCCUGGCCCUCUGGGCCCCUGCAUUCUUGCUACGCUCCCGCGUGGUCUUGGGGGAGACGCCCCCCUGCCUUCCCGGAGACUCUUGCUCUUCCUCUGACAGCCUCAUCUUCGGCCUCAUCACCUGCCUGACGGGGGUCCUGGGAGUGGGCCUUGGCGUGGAAGUCAGCCGCCGCCUCCGCCGCUCCAACCCCCGGGCUGACCCCCUGGUCUGUGCCACCGGCCUCCUGGGCUCAGCGCCCUUCCUCUUCCUGGCCCUCUCCUGUGCCCGCGGAAGCAUUGUGGCCACCUAUAUCUUCAUCUUCAUCGGGGAGACGCUGCUGUCCAUGAACUGGGCCAUCGUGGCUGACAUUCUGCUGUACGUGGUGAUCCCCACGCGCCGCUCCACAGCCGAGGCUUUCCAGAUCGUGCUGUCACACCUGCUGGGGGACGCUGGGAGCCCCUACCUCAUCGGGCUGAUCUCCGACCGCCUGCGCCGGGGCUGGCCCCCCUCCUUCCUGUCCGAGUUCCGGGCGCUGCAGUUCUCGCUCAUGCUCUGCGCCUUCGUGGGCGCACUCGGGGGCGCAGCCUUCCUGGGCACCGCCAUGGUGAUCGAGGCUGACCGGCGGCGUGCCCAGCUCCAUGUGCAGGGUCUGUGGCGGGAGGCGGCGCCUGCUGAUGACCGGAUCGUGGUGCCCCAGCGCGGCCGCUCCACGCGGGUGCCCGUGUCCAGUGUGCUCAUCUGAGGCCACUGCCCCGCUCACUCACCCAGUGCGGGCACUCCCGCGGGCACGGGGGACAGGCGCCGGCCUCGGCCCAGCUCUGAGGACGCCGCGGCCACAGUUGGGCCCCAGACACUACAUGGACGGUUCAGGGGGCUGCCGUGGGGGCGCUGGGAGAGGUGCCUCCUCCAGGGAGCCUGGGGCUCGGUGCUAUUCGUAAGGGAAUAAAUUUGUAGUCGGA